AUGAGAGAUUCCCAUUCAUCUUUUUCAUGUGAUAAAUAUACUCCUAAUUCAAAAUAUCAGUAUCAAGGAGAGUAUGUAAUGCGAUCAGCUUCCACACAGAGGCCUAAUACUAUCGAUUUGGAUACGAUAAAGGAUAUGCCUCAUAAUAAAGAAAGCAGGCAGCUCAGGGCAGAAUUAAUGCCAAGAAGCCAAACAAUAGUUUUUGGCAGCAGCCAAUUAAACACUAACUCAUCUCAGCUAUACUCAGGAAAGCUUGAUAAUUAUGAAGGAUGUAAAAGUGGGGAAUAUGUCUGCAGGAGCCAGAUCAUACAACCUCUGAGGAAGAGGAAUUCAGUUUCAAGUAUAAGAACCGAUACUCAAGAAAUACUAGACCGUGGCAUUAAUUCUCAAAAAUCUUGCCAAAAGACUUAUGAUUUUAUCCACUCUCCGUGAGACGAAGGGCCAAGGAAAGACAUGCUCUUAGAAUCUUUGUAUAAAGAAUUAGGCCUUUUAGAGUCUAAACUUCAUAGAAUGGUUAACAAGUACCGGAAGUCUAAACGUCUAGCUAAGAGGAACCUUGAAAAAUACAAUAAAUCAGAAGCUCGUUUACGUGAAGCAGAAGAGUACAUCACUGCUAACGAGAGGAAAGUAUAUGACAUUGAAAGCCAGAUUAAUGCUCAGAUUGACCAAAUCCGACAAGAUUGAUCACACAUUUGCUCUAGUACCCAGCCAGACCUUGAAGAAAAUGUGUCUCAGGCGAUCAAACAAAAAUACGAGAGGAUGCUUAACGACAAAGACCACCAGAUAGACCACUUGAAUAAGCAAAUAGGUAUUCUAAAGGUGAGGAACGAAGAGCUUGUCCAAAAAUGUACGCAACUAGACCACAAGCUCCAACUCUGCGAGAUGGACAAAGACAAAAUUUUCAAGGACUUCAGUAAGCUUGAUGAUACCUGGAUGAAGAAAAUUAGAGAAAAGGAGAUUAUGAUGAACGAAGAAAUUUUGAAAGGAGAGCAUUUACGGUCAAAAUUUGAGUCAGAUAUGAAAAUUUUAAGAGAAGAACACAAUUUGAAGAUUGAGAUUAUUGGGAAAGAAAACGGCGAGAAAAUCAAAGAGAUCCGUCAGCUUAAGCAAGAAAUAGACUCACUGAAGGAAGUUGAGUUUGAGAGGUAUAAAGGGUUGAAGAAAUCUCAAGAUGAACUCCAUUCAAGUAAGAUUGACUUGCAAAACUUGGAAUUUGAACUUAAGAAAGUUAAGAAGGAACUUUCUGAUUGCCAACUGGAGAUUAAAGAAAAAGAUGAAUUCUUAUCUGAGAAUUCAUUUAAGAAUAGCAAAAUCAUUAAGCAAAUGCAGGAAAGGAUUUCAAUGCUUGAAGCACAAAAUGAUGAAUUGAUGAGACAAAAUUCUGCUUUCAAGUCUUCUCAGAAUUGUCUUGAUCAGAAAAGAAAAAGAAAUUUCAGUUGAAAUCCAACUGGGUUUAACUCAAUGAGAACAGGAAUAGAAUCUCCAGGAGAAAGAUCGAGUCAAAUUUUGAGUGGAGAAAGGAAGUACCAACAACCUCACAAUAAUUUCUCAGGAUCUUUACAGAGUUCAACUGCUUUGGGAAAUUCAGGAGUUUUUGAAAAUCCCAAUGGUCACUAUAACAGAAUAAGACUUUUCGAAAAUCCAAGAAUGAAUACUCCAGAAUCUGGAGACACAAGGCAGAAACUCUCCAAAGAAGCGGUGAGGAUGAGACUUAGCAUGUUUGGCUAAGAAUAAAUAAUAUCGAC